AUGCCGACCCUAUUUUUGCCAAUUCUGGGUGAACAGGUGCGAAAUUCAUGGCUCGCGUAUCAUCACGGUUUCGGACAAAUUAUCAAUAAAUUCAAUGUUACCGCCGAUUACCUCUUAUCACUUAUUCAGGAUGUGCUUAACAAUCCAUCGUACAAACUAAAAGCCGAGAAAUUGAGGAGGCAUGAUUUUCUGGUACUUUGA